AUGCGUCCACUCGCUCUUCUUAGCCUCUCGGCCGUGGCUGCCGCAGUCACCACGCCCCCAACUAUACCGAAUCAUGUUGAAGUCAUCGAGAGGGAGGCAGGCCGGGAUUACACAGUGAAGCUGGAAUGCAUAGGCUGCCCGGUUCGUGCCUGGACAAGCCCCAACAAGGCGGAAUGGCUGCAUCCGUCUCCAAACAACUCUCUAUUGCUCAGGUUUGACAUGAGCGAGUUCAGCGAUGCGUUGCUCCUCAAUGGACAUCGGAUCUUCCCUCUUGACCCGAUGCCGCUCCACAUCAACGCCAUGCAGGUUCCUACCGAGACGGAGCAGGAUGAGACGGAUCCCGCGGACGAGGAGGAUUUGGAGCUGAACAAGCACAGGAGAAUGAUGUUUCCGCUCCAAUAUCAGCAUAUCAUCUUCCGCGCUGAUGAACCCGAACACUUGUGGCUUCAAUUCAAUGUGACAGGCUUGCCCUGGGGAGAGACACCUGAGCCGAUCAAGAUGGGUCAGAAGGUCGUUCAGAUAUUGUUGCGCAAGGAGUAUGAUGAGAACUUUGAGUACGAUGGGAAUUUGGGCGGCAAUUACAUCCUCGGCAUCGAAGACGUACAGAUCGUCGAGGCAAAAGACAAGCUGCAGCCACCUAGAAUGAAAUGUGGAAAGCUGGCCAUGGUGCAAACGACAUUUGAUCCCAGCGAAUGGGACCAGUACGGUAGAGUUGGCACGUGGUCGAGGACCUGGAGCACUCUUGUUGGAAAACUACAUCUUGGAAAGAAUGCCCUGCUUCUUCCGCUCUUUGCAUUGCUUGCGGCUAGCCUCGUCAUGGUCCAUCGCCUGUUUUUGCGGAGGCAGCAGGAGAAUUUUGGCACAGACUCUGAUGCUGAGACCGCUCUGUUGGGCCGCGAUGCGCCUCCACCGUACGCAGACAUCCCGGUGAUCAAGAUUGAAGAGUAUGAUUAG